UUCUGAUUCUAACGUUGUCAAGAUUUUUUCUUUAGUGUGCGUGCGAUUUAGUCGGUUAGUUUGUGUGUAUGUGUGUGUGUGUUUGUAUGGUAUGUAUGUAUUUGUUUUUCGUCGACGACGGUAUUUCCAAUUGGCACCGAAUCCAAAUAUUUAUAACGCAAAAUAAAAUCCACCGAGAAUCUAUACUAUAUAUUCUCUCUCUCUCUCUCUCUCUCUCUCUACUUUAUGGGCAAGCAAUGAUGACGCGAUUCUUCAAUUCACAUGUGUGUAUAAACCAACAAAUGAACCGAAAACCAAUAUUUCAUCAAUUUUUUUUGCGACGCAUUUAUUAUUGAUCUCCAACCACACACACAAUGAAUGAAUGAAUGAAUUUUUUUGUUGUUGUUGUUGUUGUCAACUUUUUUUAAGCAUUGAAAGUAUCAAUGAUAGACAUAUAAAUAUAGCGGCAGUCUCGUCUCAUAUUGUUUCAUCCGAUUUGAAAAAAAUCGAUAUUUUUUUCCAAUUUUAAAAAUUAUCUGACAUUAAACUGAAUGGAAGAAUGUUUUUCAAUUUCAUUUUGAGGAAAUUUUUUUUUUUUUUUUUUUGGUGAUUGAUUGAUUGAUUGAUUGAUAACAACAAAACACCACCUGGAAACAUCAACCAAAUAUUAUAUAUUUUAUAUGUGUAAACAUUUGAAUAAUUUAUCCUCACACGAAAAACAUAUAUAUUCAUUUAAACGAACGAACGAACAACAACAUUCGAUUCUUGUUUGACUUCUGUGUUUUCUUCCUCAUUUUGAAAUCUAAUUUUAUCGUACGAUUAUUCAUGAUUAUGGUGAUAUAAUCGUAAUAAUGUCAUCGUAAGAAAAUAUCCAUCUUAUUAUUCUUAUGGUUCGAUGACCAUCAACAGAACAAAUUCUUUGAUCGACAGUCACGUAAUUGAAAUGAACAUUAUUUGGAUCAAAAUUUUUGAGAUUUAUUGAUUACAUCUACAAUAGUGUCCAGCAGCGUCAAUCAUCAUAAUCAUUUGAUAUCAUUAUAAGAACACGAACACAAACACAAAAGGUUGUAAAUCAAUCUUCAUUUAUCGUUUUUUAUUGUUAUAAUUAGAUUUUUAAAAAAUCCGUAAAGCAAGCAUAAAAUGCUUGAACCAUCAUCAUCGGAAGAUGAAAAUGAAACCGUAACAAUUGCUGAAGUGGAUAAUGAUACAUCGAGUGCAAUAUCGGCAAUAUCAUCACUACGAUCCGAUGGUGGUGGUGUUGGUAUUAAUAGCUGCGGUAGUGUUGGACGUCAAUUGACGCCUAAUAUUAAUGUUAAUCAUCCACAAAAUCAAUUGUCCACAACAACAAAUUAUGGUAUAAAUCAUCGUAGUAUUUCGCCUUGUAUUGAACCAAAUGCUCAAAUAUUAAGUCAACAAAAUACGAAUUAUCAUCAUCAUGCUCAACAGCAACAACACCAACAACAUCAGCAGCAGCAGCUACAUACGAAUCAACUACAACAACAACAGCAGCCAUUAUCAGCAAAUGAUAAAUUAUUAUUACCAGUACGAGCUUCACUUGCACAGGUUCGAGCCACUAGUCCAAAUCCUCCGGAAAGACUUAUAGAAUCACCAAAUAAUGAGCUUGAUUCAUUUGAGAAUGAUGAAGAAAGAGCCGAACGUGAAGAAGCUGAAAGAAAAACUAAAUUACAGCUUUAUGUAUUUGUUUUACGUUGCAUUGCCUAUCCAUUCAAUGCUAAGCAACCAGAUUUAAAUAAAAGAGAAUUAAAAAUUACUCUUUCACAAUCUGAACAAAUAAUCAAUCGUUUUCAAUCAUUCCUUAAUGGAGAAUUGAAUAUACCGACUGAUGAUGCAUUCACACAUGCUAUACAGAAUUAUUUUGAUGCAUUUCUACGAAGUAAUCGGCUUCAUAUGCUUGUUGUUAGUGGUGCUUGUUCGGCACAGGAUUUUCGUGAAGUAUUUCGACGAAAUAUUGAGAAACGAGUUCGUAGUUUACCAGAAUCUGAAGGCAUGACAAAAGAAUUAAUUAUUAGCCAAUGGCUAACCAAAUUUGAUGCUAUAUUUCGUGGUGUUGUCGAUAGUAGUAUUGAUGCCGAUUCAUCAUCAUCAUUGUCAUUGACUAAACAGAAUGCAACAAAAAACAUUAAUUUAACCGCUAAAGGACGUCUAUUAAAUCUAAGUUCAGAAAUGAUUCUAAGCAAAGAACAAUUAUAUGAUAUGUUUCAGAAUAUAUUGAAGAUUAAGAAAUUUGAACAUCAACUAUUAUAUAAUGCAUUACAACUUGAUUCGGCCGAUGAACAAACAGCAGCUAUUCGUCGUGAAUUGGAUGGACGUAUACAAAAAUGUGCGGAAAUGGAAAAAAAUCGUAAAUUAUUGCCAAAAUUUGUCCUAAAAGAAAUGGAAAGCCUUUACACUGAUGAGGUACAUUCAUCGAUUAAUCAAUUGAUGGCCAAUUUGGAAAGUUUGCCAAUAUCAAAAAGCAGUACAGAUAGCCGUUAUGGAUUACAGAAAUUAAAACGUUAUAAUAAUAAGUCGAAAAUCCGGUCAUCAUUAUGUAGAAGUCAAGCAUCAUUAGCCAAAGAAGGCUUAGUAGAAUUAGAGGCCGAAGUAUCGACAUUAUCGAAAACGGAUGUAAUGCUUUCAUUCACUAUUGAAGUUGUCGUUAUGGAAGUUCGUGGCCUAAAAUCAUUACCGUCCAAUAGAAUCGUUUAUUGUACAAUGGAAGUUGAAGGUAGUGGUGAAAAAUUACAAACCGGUCAUGUUGAAGCAUCAAAACCAUUAUGGGCAACACAAGGCGAUUUUACAACAACAUAUCCAUUACCAGCCAUCAAAGUAAAAUUAUAUGCCGAAAGUCCAGGCAUUUUAAGCCUAGAUGAUAAAGAAUUGGGUAAAGUUAUCAUAAAACCGACACCAUUAUCACCGAAAACACCAGAAUGGUAUAAAAUGAUUGUACCAAAAAAUGCAGCCGAUCAAGAUUUAUCGAUCAAAAUAAUAAUACGUAUGGAUAAGCCACAGAAUAUGAAACAUUGUGGCCUAUUAUUGGCACAAGGAAAACAGUUAUGGAAAAAAUGGAAAAAACGUUAUUUUAUUCUUGUACAAGUAUCACAAUAUACAUUUGCAAUGUGUAGCUAUCGUGAAAAGAAAUCCGAACCAACCGAAAUGCUGCAACUGGAUGGAUAUUCUGUUGACUAUAUUGAACCAAUACAAGAGCUUCCUGAAGGUAAAUAUUUUUUCAAUGCUGUUAAAGAAGGCGAUAGUAUUGUAUUUGCCUGUGAUGAUGAAAAUGAAUGUGCACUUUGGGUCAUGGCCAUGUAUAGAGCUACUGGUCAAGCGCACAAACCAACACCAUUAAUGCCCACUACAUCGAAUAAAAAUUCAACAAUUUCACGGCUUCAAGGAGAUGCUGAUCGUGCACGAAAACAUGGAAUGGAUGAAUUUAUACAAGCCGAUCCAUGUAAAUUUAAUCAUCAUCAAUUGUUUAGUUUAUUACAACGUGAAACACUAACAUAUCGAUUAAAUGGUCAAUAUUGUUCAAUGGGCUGGUUUUCACCUGGACAGGUAUUUGUACUCGAUGAAUAUGGUGCCCGUUAUGGUGUACGAAGCUGUUUUCGUCAUUUAUCAUACAUGAGUGAUUUGUUGGAUUUUGCUGAAAAAGGCAUUCUAAUUGAUCCAACAUUGAUACAUUUUAGUUUUUCAUUCUGUUCAUCACAUGUACAUGGUAAUAUAAGCGCUCCACCAAUGGGACAGGUAGCCUAUGAUAUCAGACCUGGAGGCAUAUUUACGGUAACCAUCGAAGAAAAAGAUAUGUAUAUGAUCAUCAAGGAUAGGCUGAAAAAUUUGCUUGAAUAUCAAAUAACAAAUUUUCGCUAUUGUUUUCCAUUUGGCCGUCCUGAAGGAUCGUUAAAGGCAACAUUAUCAUUAUUGGAACGUGUAUUAAUGAAAGAUAAUUUAACGCCAGCACCACAAGAAGAGGUGCGUGGUAUCAUCAAAAAGUGCCUUGAAAGUGCUGCUUAUGUAAAUUAUAGUAAAAUAUCAAGAUCGGCUCGUAUUGAAGAAAUAGCUCAGGAUCCAGAAUUAGAUUGCUCAACAAAAUUACAACGGCUUACACAUUUAGCCGAAAUGUGUGUGGAUCUAAUACAGGAAAAUAAUGAACAUUAUGCUGAGGCAGCAUCUGCGUUUGCCUGGUUUUCCGAAUUACUUGUGGAACAUUGUGAAACAUUUUGGACAUUAUUUGCUGUCGAUAUGGAUACAAUAUUAUCGUUGCAACCACCAGACACAUGGGAAAGUUUUCCAUUGUUUCAGGUACUCAAUAAUUAUCUUCGUUUAGAUGAAAAUCUAUGUGGAGGUAGAUUUCAUAAUCAUCUACGAGAUACAUUUGCACCACAAGUAAUACGAUAUGUUGAUCUUAUGGAAAAUACUAUUGCACAAGCAUUAUUGAAAGGUUAUGAUAAAGAAAAAUGGGAUCUAAAAGGACCAGCUGGAUGUGCAACAUCGGUGGAACUAUUCUGGAAAUUGAAUACAUUGCAAAAUUUUAUACACGAUCUUUAUUGGCCUGAUGAUGUAUUUGCUAGCCAUCUGGAACAAAGAUUAAAAUUGAUGGCUUGUGAUAUGAUUGAAACUUCAAUAAAUCAAACAAUGCAAGCAUUUCAACAAUGGGAAAGAAAAGGAAAUCGUUGGACAACAAGUACUGAUUAUAUAAUACCAACAGAAAUGUGUACAAUGAUCAAUAUUGUAUUGGAAUCAAGAAAUCAAUCACUUAAAUUGUGUACAUUCAGUGGACAUGAUACGAAUCAAUAUCAUGCUAAAAUUGAUCAUUUAGUCGAUAAUACAUUGGAUAUGAUGCAAAGUUGUCUUACUAACAAGUUGAUUGGAAUAUUGGAAAAUUGUAUCAGUAAACUAUCACGUUAUGAUGAGGGAAGCAUUUUGGCGCCAAUCCUGUCCUUAACGUAUAAUAAAGGUGUAUCGAGCACUGGUAAAGAUGUGGGAAAAUCCUAUAUAAAUUUCAUACGAAAUUCUGCUGAACAAUUACGACAAAAAGUUUGCGAUGAACUAUGGGCAAUUGGUUUUUUUGAGUCAUGGUAUGCAGCACAGAUUGAAUUGAUCAACAAUUGGCUUCUGGAACGUAUCGAUAGUAGUCUACAUAUUUUUCAAUUAUGUGCCAUUUCGCACAUUGUUCGGAAAAUGUAUAGCGAUUUUGAAUUACAAGGUAUUGAAGAAGAAAAAUUGAAUAAUGUUACAUAUAAAACGGUCAUGCAACGAAUAUUAAUGGAAGAGGCAACAGCAUCAGUAUCCACAAAUGAUCUUAAUCGUGAAAAUGAAGAUGUUGAUGAAUGUCAUGCUAAUGGUGAACAAAUGGGUAAUCGUUCGAGAAAAACAUCUGCAUCAAUUUCAUCAUCAUCUGGAACAAAUCCUGAAAAUUAUGUUAGCCGUAUACAAAAUGCUACAACAAAUGUCAUGGGUCGAAUAUCCGGUCUUGGACGUGGUGUAAGCGGUAUUGGUGGUAUGGCCGGUGGAAUCGGUGGUAUUGCCAAUAAAUUCUUGAAUAAUCUUUAAUCAUAAUAAUUGGAUUAAAUUUUCCAUCCGACGUCAUUCAUGAUUUUCGGGACACAAAAAAAAAACACUUAUUACUUCUAACAAUACAGACACUUUUAUGUUUUACAUCACUAAAUAACAGAAACAAAAAAUUGAUUCACUACAUUUAAAUGAUUUAUAAUCGAUAUAUAAUCAUCAAGUGCACCUUAUAAUUAUUAUUAUUCGUUCAUCGAAUAUACCAUAUUUUAUUGGCACUAAAAAAAAUUGAUCCAAAGAAAAGAAGCUUAUAAUCAUCAUAUUAUAAAUUUUUCAAACG